AUGUCGAGGAUGUGGAAGACCACAUGGGGCAUCGGGGUCAGGGAGAACACAUGGGACAUCGGGGUCAGGGAGAACAGAAGGGACAUCGGGGACAGGGAGAGCAGAAGGGACAUCGGGGUCAGGGAAAACAGAUGGGACAUCGGGGACAGGGAGAACAGAUGGGACAUCAGGGUCAGGAAGAACACAUGGGACAUCGGGGUCAGGGAGAACAGAAGGGACAUCGGGGACAGGGAGAUCAGAAGGGACAUCGGGGACAGGAGAGGGACAUCGGGGUCAGGGACAUCGACAGGGAGAACAGAUGGGACAUCAGGGUCAGGAAGAACACAUGGGACAUCGGGGACAGGGAGAACAUAUGGGACAUCAGGGGAAGGGAGAACAGAGACAGGAGAACAGAUGGGACAUCGGGGACAGGGAGAACAGAUGGGACAUCGGGGACAGGGGUCAGGGGACAGAAACAGAUGGGACAUCACAGGGAGAGAACAUGGGACAUGGGACAUCGGGGACAGGGGUCAGGAAAACAGAUGGGACAUCAUCAGGGAGAACAGAUGGGACAUCGGGGUCAGGAAAGAACAGGGGACAUCGUGGACAGGGAGAACAGAUGGGACAUCGGGGACAGGGAGAACACAUCGGGGACAGGGAGAACAGAUGGGACAUCGGGGACAGGGAGAACAGGGGGGACAGGGAAACAGAUGGGACAUCGGGGAGAUGGGUCAGGGGAACACAUGGGACAUCACAUGGGACAUCAGGGGUCAGGAAGAAACACAUGGGACAUGGGGACAGGGAGAACAUGGGACAUCGGGGACAGGGAGAACACAUGGGACAUGGGGUCAGGGGAGAACACACAGGGCACAUCUGGGACAGGAGAAACACCUAGGACAUCAGGGUCAGGAGGAACAGGUGCAUCAGGGGACAGGAGAACAUGGUGACAUCGGGGACAGGGAGAACAGAUGGGACAUCAGGGUCAGGAAAAACAGAUGGGACAUCGGGGACAGGGAGAACAGAUGGGACAUCGGGGUCAGGGAGAACAGAUGGGACAUCGGGGACAGGGAGAACAGAUGGGACAUCGGGGACAGGGAGAACAGAUGGGACAUCGGGGACAGGGAGAACAGAUGGGACAUCGGGGACAGGGAGAACAGAUGGGACAUCAGGGAGAACAGAUCAGGGGAAAACAGAUGGGACAUCGGGGACAGGAAUAGAUGGGUCAUCGGGGAGAACAGAUGGGACAUCGGGGACAGGGGGAGAGAGAACACAUGGGACAUCGGGGACAGGAGAACAGAUGGGACAUCGGGGACAGGAAGAAUGGGACAUCGGGGACAGGGAGAACAGACGGGACAUCGGGGACAGGGAGAACAGAUGGGACAUCGGGGACAGGGAGAACAGAUGGGACAUCGGGGACAGGGAGAACAGAUGGGACAUCGGGGACAGGGGAGAACACAUGGGACAUCGGGGUCAGGGAGAACAUAUGGGACAUCGGGGUCAGGAAGAACACAUGGGACAUAG